UCAAAGGGACACGGACAAACAGAUGUUCCUGGAAGUCCAUCUGUAAAGAAUCUCUAACGAAAUGCAGUGUAUGUGUAUUACCACUUAGCUUCUUGUAAGACGGGACUUAAGACCGCAAGCAAGAACACAAGGGCAUCACUCGCAGAAGAACUAAAGAUUCUACGUGUUCCUCCUUACUGUGCUUACUCAUCUCGUCUCUCUCUCUGUUGGACUAUCAACAAAGCAGCUUUUAUUAUUUAAUCCUUCUCGUUGUUGUGGUUGUGGCUGGCUUGUCUCUGCUGGGUUUCUAUAGACAGCUGAUGGUUUUAGGUGCAGAAGGGCAUGGCACCUCCCAACACCUGUCUAAAACGAGCCUUCAGCACUCUUGAUGUCGUACUUACGAUACUUGGGGCCUUCAUCCUUGCCUUUGCGCUCUUCCAGCAUGGAGUUCUUCAUAACGAGCAGAAGGUGGAGGAAUUCCAUGUGGUGGUCAUCUCUGUGUAUGCCAUCGGGGCAGCCAUUGCUGCCGGGGCAACGCUAGGACUGUAUGGAGUACGGAAAGAAAAACAGUGGGCACUCAUUGCGUCCUCAUCGGGCAUGCUGAUCGUCAGUCUAUUUCUUCUUCUAAUCUCCAUAGCAACCGCGAUUGAAGCUAACAAGGUGGAGCAAUACAUUGAGGAGUCAUACAAGUUGGACCGCCUUCAUGAGGCCAGCGAGGAGAGACAGCACGAUGUGGAGGAGUGGCAAACUAUGCUCCAGUGUUGUGGCCUUCACAAUGGCUUCCACGAUUGGCACGGCCACCACCCCGAGUCCUGCCUCUGCCCAGAGAAGCCAGACAGCUCCAUCACAUGUGUAACCGCCACAUUCCUAAAUGGGACUGCUACAAUAGAGGAGCAGGUGUAUGAACAGACCUGUGUGCCACUGAUGGUUGGGUUUAUGAGAAGGGCAUUCAAUGUUUUCCUGACGUUGCUAUUCGGUUUAUGCAUUCUUGUGGUUGCAGCGACGACUCUGACUAUCGCCUUGCUUUAUCAGAUGAGGAAGAAGGAAGUUAACACAUCUGUAGUCUUCAAACUCACUCCAAGUGGAUCCACCUACGCACAGUUUGCCAAUGCCAACUCUGACCAACAUUAUCUGCUAAGCUGAGAGUGGACACGCAAAAACACACACGCACGCACACACACACACACACACACACACA